GAAUUCUGAAAGCCAGAAUCUCAUGCAAACAGGAUAUUAGCUUUUGUCAGAAAGAUCAAAAAGGGCUUGAGGUUUUUCUUCUCAGCCUCAGCCUCUCCUGCCUCCCCCUCUCCGGCUUUAUCUGCUCUGUUCAGUCUGAAGCAGGAAGAGAUGGCCACAGGGGAGACUCAGCUCUACGCGAAGGUUUUCAACAAGCUCAGGGGCCGCAGCGUCCCCUCGCUCCUGGAGCCCCUCCUGGGGAUGGGCUUCCCGGCGCACACCGCGCUAAAGGCAUUGGCAGCUACUGGAAGGAAGACUGUGGAGGAGGCCUCAGACUGGCUGCACUCCCACUGCAAUGACCCUUCUCUCAACGACCCCAUUCCCCAGGAAUACGCCCUUUUCCUCUGCCCCACGGGGUCCCUGCUGGAAAAACUCCAGGAGUUCUGGAGAGAGAGCAAGAGGCAGUGUGCGAAGAACAGAGCUCACGAGGUCUUCCCUCACAUAACGCUCUGUGACUUCUUCACGUGCGAAGACCAGAAGGUGGAGUGUCUGUACGAGGCACUGAAGCGAGCCGGGGACCGGGUCCUGGGGACCUUCCCCGCGGCUGUGCCCCUGGUUCUCCACUCCUCCAUCAGCUACCUGGGCUUCUUCGUGAGCGACGGCCCCGCAGACAUCAUCCGGGAAUUUGCCGUGAUGUUCGCCUCGGAAGCCUCGUCCUUGGCAGACUGCACCGUGAAGCCUUGCACCAAGCAGCUGCAUCUGACCCUGGCCCACAAGUUCUACCCCCACCACCAGAGGACGCUGGAGCAGCUGGCCAGAGCCAUCCCCCUGGGCCACAGCUGCCAGUGGACCGCCGCGCUCUACUCCCGGGACAUGCGCUUCGUACACUACCAGACCCUGAGGGUCCUGUACCAGUACAACCCCCAGAACGUGGAUGAGCUGAUGCUGAGUCCCGGCGACCACGUCUUCGUGGACCCCACUCAGCAGGAGGAAGCCAGCGAGGGCUGGGUGAUUGGGACCUCGCAGUGGACCGGCUGCCGGGGCUUCCUGCCCGAGAACUACACAGAGCGGGUCAGCGAGUGUGACACGUGGGUGAAGCACAGGACGUACACCUUCAGUCUGGCCGCGGACCUGAGCUCCAGAAAGGACGGCGAAGCCAGUGGCAGACGAAAUGGGGAGCCUCACCCUCCGCCCACGUCCUGGAGCGUCUGCAGCCUUCAGUCCCUACAGGUGACCAGGCCCCUUGAUGUCAAAGCCACGGCAGCGAGGAAGAGCAUUUUGGUGGUGCGCCACGGCGAGAGACUGGACCAAAUCUUCGGGAAGUCGUGGCUGCAGCAGUGUUCCACUCUGGACGGGAGAUACUACCGGCCAGACCUCAACUUCCCUCGCAGUCUGCCCAGGCGGAGCUGUGGGAUCAAAGACUUUGAAAACGACCCACCAUUGUCGUCUUGUGGAAUCUUCCAGUCCAGAAUGGCAGGGGAAGCGCUCCUGGACAGCGGCAUCAGCGUCACCUGUGUCUUCACCUCCCCCGCCCUCCGCUGUGUGCAGACGGCCAAGCACAUCCUGGAAGAGCUCAAACUGGAGAAAAAAAUAAAGAUCAGAGUGGAACCCGGGAUCUUUGAAUGGACCAAAUGGGAGGCUGGCAAAAACACCUUGACCCUCAUGACCUUGGAAGAGCUGAAAGAGGCGAAUUUCAACGUCAGCAUGGACUACAGGCCGGCCUUCCCCCUCGCCUCCCUCCUGCCGGCCGAGAGCUACCAGGACUUCGUGCACAGGUGUGCGGUGAGCAUGGGCCAGAUCGUCAGCGCCUGCCCGCAGGAUGCGGGCGUCACCCUGAUCGUGGGCCACGGCUCGGCGCUGGACUCCUGCACCCGCCCCCUCCUCCAGCUGCCGCCCCGGGACUGCGCGGACUUCGCCCAGCUGGUGAGAAAGGUCCCUUCUCUGGGGAUGUGCUUCUGCGAAGAAAAUAAAGAGGAAGGCAAAUGGGAGUUGGUGAACCCUCCGGUGAAGACGCUGACUCACGGUUCAAACUCAGGGUUUAACUGGAGGAGCUGGACCCAGGGCAGCUAAGAGCUACCUCUCUGUUCGCAUAAUGUCACAACGAAGAGGCUGAACUCUUCGCUGAGGCUGUAAGACACUGUCAUUUGGAAGGGACCGUUAGUCUCCCCGAAUGUGAUUUUUAGAAGCACAGAGCGCACUUUCAGAUGCUGAGGGACGGCCGCUUCCGCGGUGGCGCCCGCCGUCUGCACGCCCGUCCUCCCACAAGUUUGGCCGUGGGGAUGCCACCUUGGACCACGUGCAUCCGCCAUGUGGCUGGGGGGCAGCUGAGGAGCCAUGACUCAGGUUUCCAGGAAUUAAAGACCCACCCCACACUCCCCAUAA